GGUAUCUUCGUGAGUCGGUAGUGUCAGUUGCAUCUUCAACUUCAGUGAGUGAAAGUAGUAGUUAUAGAGUGACGGGGGUGACAGAUGAUCUAGGAUCUCGUAUUUACAUGGAAUCAGUGAUUUGCCUUUAAAUAUCAAAGGAUUUUUUUCUCUCUCUUCAUAUUUGUGCUAAGUGUGCAGAAGUACAUCGACCGUUCUGGAUGGCUUUGUACUUUUGGAUCAUUUCUUAUCUGUUGGCUUUGUGUCUUGGUUAUUGUCAAUCACAGGGUCUACAGAUUAAUCCAAAUCCCCGAAUAUUAAGAAAAGACGUACGAUAUGGAAGACCAGUCCUUGCAAUGGCAAACUCUCCAAGUUGCACAUUCAACGGGAUAGCAGUUGAAGAUGGAAAAAAUGUAGCGAGUUCAGAGCCUUGCUUAAAUUGCACUUGCAAUAAAGGUAUAUUACUGUGUUAUCUUCGCACAUGCAACACAGUGGUGGCACCACCCGGAUGCAGGACUGUCCGCAAGACUGGAGAAUGUUGCCCAACGCUUGAUUGCCCCGAUCCAAUCAGCUCGAAUUACUACCAAACAGAAAAAACGGUGGAACCAUUUCACAAAUUCCGACUUAGGAACGAAGGUGGUGACAUCUUUGGACUACCUAGCUUUGAUUCAAGAACAGAAAGAUUAACAACAACUUCAGUGAAUAAACCAGCUUCUAUGAAACUGACGAGUCAGGAAAGUUCGCCAACGUUCACCGCUUUCUUGAAGAGCAUAUCCAAGAACAGGAGAGUGGAUCCCGAAGAACAAUCUCAUUACAUCCAAGAAGAGCAUUCUGAUUUUGAUUCGCCUUCAAACAGAAAUAACUCUUCGAAUUCUGACUGCUUAGUUAAGGGAUACAGAUAUACAGAAGGCACAGCAGUGCUCUCGCCGACUAAGUGUGAAUACUGUUACUGUAUCCGAGGCCAGCAAAUGUGCGUCAGACCCAAAUGCCAUCUGCACAUUGAUGGUUGCAUUGCGCAGUACCAAAGUGGAUACACGUGCUGUCCUUCACAUUACAUGUGUGCUGACUGCUUAGUUAAGGGAUACAGAUAUACAGAAGGCACAGCAGUGCUCUCUCCGACUAAGUGUGAAUACUGUUACUGUAUCCGAGGCCAGCAAAUGUGCGUCAGACCCAAAUGCCAUCUGCACAUUGAUGGUUGCAUUGCGCAGUACCAAAGUGGAUACACGUGCUGUCCUUCACAUUACAUGUGUGACACAUCUCUAGCAGAUUUAUUUGAUGAAAAGAAGGGACAUCAUCCCUCAGAUAUUAACAGCCAAUCACAAGCCUCCAACAAAUUAACCUCCUGCAAUGUGGAUGGUUACGACUUUGACGUUGGUGUUGCAGUACCGAGCAGAGGACAUUGUCAAACAUGUUACUGUACUCAGCUAGGAGUGGUGUGCAGACGACUUGAAUGCUCACCUACUGUACCCGGAUGCACCCCCAUCGUACCGGAUGGUCACUGUUGUCCAACUCAAUACAAGUGUGAUCACAAUAAUGGAGAUGAAAUACCUGUCUCACACAGCACAGACGACUACGAUGUCACAGUUCACUCUAGUACUGUAACAAAAGACGAUGGCACUUCCGGGACAGAAGCAUUCGAAGAUUAUACUAAGGCUCAUGAAACAGUUCAGUCUGAGAAGAGUACAUCAGACGAUUCUGUUGAGAAAAGUACUGAAAAGCAAAAAAUUACAGUUGAGUUAUCUGAGGAAUCCAGUAUCGAAAGUAUUUCCGUUAUUCCGGAAGAAAAUAUCGCCGUACUUGUGCUCAGCACAGAUAAGGAAGAAGAUCCUGGUGGAAUGGAGUCGAAAAUUUCUUCCGAAACACCUAGUGAAUCAAAUGCCAUGACUUUUAAAACUGGAAUACCACCAAAUUUGGUAUUCAAAAAGAAAAACAAGCCAAUCAGAACAACAACAAAUUUCAAUUCAGAAGAAGUAACAAGACCUCUUGAAAAAACUACGACUAAACAGGACACAACGACAGUUGCUGAUAAUGAUUACAAGGAGCAAGAUGGAGAUUAUACUUAUGAUUAUUACGAUCCUCAUGAUACUGUAACUCAAGAUGCUUAUGAUACAACUGAGCAUAUUGCAGACAUGAGUGAAACUGCAUUUGGUGAAACGGAAACAAUUGAAAAAUUACAGGAUAGCACUCAAUACUUUGAUACAAAAAAUAAGCUGACAUUUAAAAACAAGAAUCCACAGUUGAAAAAUCACCCUACAAGUACUUCACAUCAACCACUAAAUACAGAAGAAUUGCAUGAUGUCAGAUACACGGAUAAAACUAGUAAAUAUGAUGUGUCAAAGCCUUUAACGAUAACAGAAGUAGAUCGCUAUACAAAACCGAACAAGUAUACAGUGUUUAGUACAAAUUCCGAUAAGACUACUAAAAUACCUGAAAACCAAAAACGCUUUCCAGAAUUUAAGCAGAAGCACAGACCUCGUCCCAGCUUUACGCAAACCUAUAAAACAGAGCAAGAUUUUACCAGGCCAAUAACAACUGAACUAAACCUGAAAAAUAGGCCAACCAUACCUGACGAAAUUAUUACAACGAAACACUCACACCACACACUUUCGGGCCAUAAAAACAUACAAGCAACUCGGCCAACCAUAAAAACUUCUCAAUCAAAUCACAAAGUGUCAUCUCAUCGAAGACAUAGACCUGGAAACCCACAUUUUAUGACAACGGCAUCAAAACCAUCUUACACAAUACCAGAAGAUCUAGCAGAAAUUUUGAGAACCUUAAGUCAGUCGCAGAAAUCUUCAUCAACGGAAAUAACUAAUUCACCCAAUUUUUCCCAACACGAAAACUCAACCACAGAUUAUGCUCAAAAAGAAGAUACCGAACCUCCGAUUGCACCAGCAGCACCAAAACUCAUACAUGCAACUGAUGGAAGCAAUGGUGAUUCAGCCACAACAGGACAGACUCUGCCGCCAACAAAUCCCGUUUCUCCUGUUCUUAAUUUCAAUGCUCCAGAAAUAAUUUUUUCAAAUCAUGGGCCACUGACAAACAGAAAGCAACCUACUUAUAUUUAUGAACCCGAGCUUCCAGUUAUUAUAAAUAACCACAAAAAGACUUCUAUCAGAUUCCGACCCCCUAUUCGGUCGAGACCCCAAACAACACCCACACUAGAAGAUAGCUUUGUAGAAAUAUCUAACCACCGGCCAACUAACACAUAUAGACGACCACCCGGCAAAUUUCCGACUCUACCGGUUCCACCUGGUAAAAUGCCAAAUCAGCAAAGUCCAGCAGGUAAACUCCCGAAUCAACCAAUUCCACCAGGCAAAUUCCCGAAUCAACCAAUUCCACCAGGCAAAUUCCAAUCAUAUCCAAUUUCAGCUGAUAACUUUCCACCUUACCCGGUACCUGUGAGAAAUAGACACGAAGAAGGUUUCUACAGAGAUCCUCACGUUAAAAAUCCCAAUUAUAAAUCACAUCAUUCCAAUGAGGGAGAUGGUUACGAAUGGUCUAAUGAUUAUGAAGAUUAUUUGUACGAAGAAAACCAAGAAAACCAAAAACAAAAGAAAGUUUUUAAUAACUAUGGUACAAAACAAGAUACUGAAGGAAGUGCUUUGCAAACUGAUCCCAUGAAUCCAGUUACUCAAAAAACACAAAUUACAACUGAAAAAACCGUUUCACCAAACAUCGUAACAAGCACAAUUCGCGAAGAAACAACAACCAUUUCUCCGAUUACUGAAGAAACUAAACCAGCAGAAAGAGUUCAGAAAAAUGAAAAAACUGAAAGCAUACAAGAGAUCUCAACGCUGCCCGAAAAGUACAAAACUGAAACAACUAAACAGAAUGAACAUACAACUACACCAAGACCUAAAUCCACUUAUUAUCUGCCACCUCUAACAACUACUCCUCCAGAUUUCUACACGACCAAAUCUUUCUCUGGAUAUGUGACCAAUAAGCACAGACUCACGGAAAAGCCAAGAACUGAUUUUGAAGCAAAACUCUUUAGGGCAGAAGAUGACCAUAAAAUUCUAGGGUCAGGAUACAUCGAUAAUCGGUUCUCUGACUAUGGUAGUAAAUCCAAUCAAGAUGACCAUAAAAUUCCAGGGUCAAGAUACAUCGAUAAUCGGUUCUCUGACUAUGGUAGUAAAUCCAAUCAAGAUGACCAUAAAAUUCCAGGGUCAGGAUACAUCGAUAAUAGGUUCGCUGACCAUGGUAGUAAAUCCAAUCAAGAUGACCAUAAAAUUCCAGGGUCAGGAUACAUCGAUAAUCGGUUCUCUGAUUAUAGUAGUAAAUCCAAUCAAAGAUUCGAGGAAGAAAAGAUAAAAACCUCAACACUUCCUCCCAUGAAGUCCUCAGAGUCACCACAAAACGAAGAAGAUUCCAAAGAAAUCUCAGGUACAGUGAAACCUUAA